CGUUGGCGUUCCUUUGUUAAAGGUCGUGUUUUUUCCUGCCCCACUCCAAGGACAUUAUUCUUUUCAGAAAUUCUUCUUUGUCAAGCCGCCAAAGUGGAGAGUGUGGUUGCAGAAGGGGGCGCUUCUCGUUUCAGCGAGUUCCUGGGGAAAACCCCAGGUUCUAGCGUUCAGAGAUGGGUACCUUCUCGAAGCACUAGACGAGAUGUCAGCUCCUCCAAUGAGAAAGAGCAAAAUGAUGCAAUCUUCAGGAAAGUGAGAGGCAUACUUAAUAAGCUGACUCCUGAGAAGUUUGACAAGCUAUGCCUUGAGCUCUUGAAUGUGGGUGUAGAUUCAAAAGUCAUCUUAAAAGGAGUCAUCUUGCUGAUUGUUGACAAAGCCCUCGAAGAGCCCAAAUAUAGCUCUCUAUAUGCACAACUAUGUCUGCGCUUGGCAGAGGACGCACCAAACUUUGACGGCCCAUCACCAGAGAUUCAAGCACCAAAAAAGCAGAGCACGACCUUCAGGAGGCUUCUGAUUUCAAAGCUUCAAGAUGAGUUUGAAAACCGCACCAGAAAUGUUGAAAUCUUUGACAAACGUGACAGCCCUCUCACCUCUGACGAGGAGGAGCAGCGCGCUAUUGCUAAGAUCAAGAUGCUGGGCAACAUCAAAUUCAUUGGGGAACUUGGCAAACUUGACCUUAUUCAUGAAUCUAUCCUUCAUAGGUGCAUCAAAACACUCUUGGAAAAGAAGAAGAAAGUCCAACUCAAGGAUAUGGGUGAGGAUUUGGAAUGCCUCUGUCAGAUAAUGAGAACAGUGGGGCCCAGACUUGAUCAUGAAAAGGCAAAGUCUUUAAUGAAUCAGUACUUCGCACGAAUGCGAUCCUUAAUGAACAACAAGGAGUUGCCGGCGAGGAUUCGUUUCUUACUGCAGGACACAGUGGAGUUGCGAGAGAACAGUUGGGUGCCUCGCAAAGCUUUUAUCGACAAUGGACCAAAGAUGAUUAACCAGAUUCGUCAGGAUGCAGUAAAGGAUUUAGGUGUUUUUAUUCCAUCAAUGUCCCAAGGAAUGAGGACUGACUUCUUUAUGGACAGCCCCUUCAUGCCAGCAAGGUUCAAAUUUGACAGGGAAACUCUCGGGGGAUUGGCUGAUAUGUUUGGACAAAUGCCUGUUGGAAGUGGCAUCGGCACAGGCCCAGGAGUGAUUCAGGACCGCUACUCACCUACCAUGGGACGUCACCGUACAAACCCACUCUUCAAUGGCCAUAGUGGACACAACGCCCCCUUACCCCAGUCUCAGUUUGACCUGGGCGGCAAACCUUUCAUGAAAUCAAACCAAGGACAGAAUCUACCCUUCUACAACCAGAACCAGAACCACUCAAUGCAGAUGCAGUCUCAGUCAAAGGAUAUGGCUCCCCGAUUCAUCAAGAAAGGGCAGCUCAAUGCUGAUGAGAUCAGUCUAAGGCCAGCACAGUCAUUCAUCUUGAAUAAAAACCAAGUGCCGAAGCUGCAGCCACAGAUACCAACCAUGAUUCCUCCAAGUGCCCAGCCUCCACGUACACAAACUCCUCCACUGGGACAGCCUCCACAGCUUGGUCUGAAGACCAACCCUCCUCCAAUUCAGGAAAAACCUCCAAAAUCCAAUAAGAAACCCCCGCCUACAAAGGAAGAAUUGCUUAAAAUGACUGAGACGAUAGUGACAGAAUACCUGAACAGCAAGAACAUUGCUGAGGCUGUGCAGGGUGUGAAGGACAUGAGGGCUCCUAAGCACUUCUUGUCCGAGAUGCUGAACAAGAUCGUGGUCUGUUCCCUUGAUCGCCCAGAUGAAGAUAAGGAACACGCCAGCACCCUAAUCCAUGCACUCUGCACUGAAGGUCUCGUCACUGGUGAAAACCUAAUGCAGGCGUUUCUGGGUGUUCUGGACCAGUGUCCCAAGAUUGAGGUAGAUAUCCCACUGGUGAAGUCCUACCUGGCCCAGUUUGCAGCACGCGCCAUCAUUGCGGAGUUGGUGAGCAUUGCCGAGUUAGCCCAUCCCCUGGAGAAUGGCACCCACUUCCCCCUCUUCCUUCUCUGCCUGCAGCAGACAGCCAAGCUGAAAGACCGUGAGUGGCUGGCUGACCUGUUCCAGCAGAGCAAGGUCAACAUGCAGAGGAUGCUACCUGAAAUUGACCAGAACAAGGACAGGAUGCUGGAGAUCCUGGAGGGCAAAGGCCUGAGCUUUUUGUUCCCCCUGAUGAAGCUAGAGAAGGAGCUACUGAAGCAGAUUAAAGCAGACCCUUCUCCCCAGUCCAUCUACAAGUGGAUCAAGGACAACAUUUCCCCUAAACUUCACACUGACAAGGGCUUUGUCAACAUCCUCAUGACCAGCUUCUUGCAGUAUAUUGAUCAUGAGAUCAACGCUGACGAGGAGGAAGAUCAGCUUGCGGCACCAACUAAAGAACAGCUGGAUCAGGAGAAGCAGCUGCUACUGGCUUUCAAGCCAGUGAUGCAGAAGUUUCUGCAUGAUCACAUCAACCUGCAAGUCAGCGCCCUUUAUGCACUGCAGGUCCACUGCAAUGCUAAAUCUUUCCCCAAAGGCAUGUUACUCCGCUACUUUGUAAACUUUUAUGAUAUGGAAAUAAUUGAAGAAGAAGCCUUUCUUGCAUGGAAAGAAGAUAUCACCCAAGAGUUUCCUGGAAAGGGAAAAGCAUUAUUUCAGGUGAACCAGUGGCUGACCUGGCUGGAGACGGCUGAAGAAGAGGAGUCAGAAGAUGACGGUGACUGAAGAACCAGCCAAAGGCCUUGUGGUGUGCAGAUGCAAUGAGUGAUAAAGCUUUUUCCCUUGCUUUUUUUUCUCCUUGUGUCUUGUCCUGUUUCAACCCAAACUCUCCCUCUCUUCUCAUUGUGUGUUUCCUGACAACCACUGUUGCAGUUCAUUACACUAUGAAAUGAUUUUCCACCUUAAGCAAAUGUCACCACCCAUGUAUCUUUUUUUUUUUUCUUGGCAAAGCAGAUAGUCAGCCAUUUAUACACUGAAGAGUUCAAUGAUAACAGCUUGAACCCUCUCUGCACCUUUUGUUAUUGCUUCAACUGUAAUAUAGUUUUAUUCUAAGGGCCUCAUUUCACCACACCAAUAGACAUGUCCAGUGUGCAUUUUUAUCUUAUACAUUUACUUAGUUUGAUGUUUACGGUAUCCAGUGGCUGUAGGCAGUACACUGCCAGGGCAAGCAACAACAGUGAUAUAUGGUGCAGAAAACUGAUAGUGGUGUUUGUUUCCAGCAAAGAAAAACAAAUUGGAUAUCAAAAACUCCAUCAGAAUGACCAAGUGAAGAGUAUAAGAUGAUAAGAUGAAAAGGCAGUUAAACGGUUUCCUCUUGAAGUGUCUUUAACCGGGUCAAAGAGCUAACAAGGUGCCAAAACCUGACCCUUUUUUAAAACUCUUAUUACAUCUAGUAGGAACGUACAUGGAAAGGAGGUGCUGCCAUUAUCCAAACUAUUUUCACCAUGUACAAAAGAGAUGCCUCAAACAUACUGCAAAGGGCCUUUUCAUGCUGCUUUACCGCAUCAGUCACACUGUAGAGAUGCACUUUGCUCAACAUUAUCAUGUUCUUGCAAUAUUGAAAAUACACCACGUCCCUUGAUUUGUUACAAAGAAUCCUCAAUUGUAGUCAUCGGCUGCCAUAAUUACGAUUGUUUUGGUUUCUACCUCAUUAUGCGUGAAGUCCAAUUAUUGUCAUUUCAAAUGAAAAUGCUUCAAGAGUUUAGAGUCGUGCCCAUGUGUGUUAUAGAAAAUAGCCUGUUCUACUUGCACAGUUUAUGCUGAUGUAAAGUACCCAAAUUUAGCCUGAAUUAAGUGCAUUUUGUCUGUGUAUGAACCUUGUGUCAGAAAUGAAUACAUAGGCUUUUUAAUUCAUCAGCCGCUGUUACUCUAUACCUCUCCCAUAUCUGUCAAACUAUACUUGAAUUCCUCAUUUAUAACACGUUAACAUGGCCAACUGGGAUUCUUCUGGUUUAGAUAGUUACCAUCGAAAAAUGGCUUGUGACUUUUAAUUGAAUUGCCACCGCCUUGUGUGGACAUUUUAAGUAUUUAAGUCUAGAUAUUGAGUUUUUAUUGCAUCUUUUAUCUUCAUGAAGUUAUAAAGAAUGAAUCUGUACAAUGAAACUUUCUAUUCAAGAGUGUUAUUGUAAUGUUAUGUUAAGUGCUAGGAAAGUUCAGUGUACAACAACAGCUUAACUUUCAAUAAAGUUUCACAGAUCA